AACCAUUUUGAAUAUACCAACAGGUUGGCAGUUUUACCGCGCGCAAUUACUCGAUUAAUAAUGAUAUUUUGUCAGUGAAAAGAGAACGACGCAACUUCCACACGCACCCAUAAGGUGCAAUUACAAAACAAUUAUUGAAACUCAUUUAGUGCACAAAAUUUACGGUAAACUUUAAUAUAACGCACAAAACGCAGCCUCAUAUUUUGUGGCUUGCGACAAAUGAAAUACUUGUACUGUUCUCCACAACUACAAAUUAAAUCUCAUAAAGUGCUCGUGAAUAAUUUGCAAGAAUUUUCCAUUGGUGUGUGCGCGGCGGCGGUAGCGUUCACGGUUUUCUUUGUGUCGUAGCGAAUAGCUGACAGGCCACGCGCUUGUCUUUGCAAAGACAAAAGUCUAUCUCAAAUGAAGCAGUAAAGGAUUAUUAUAAUAAACAAAAACUAAUCCAAAAUGCUGGAAUCGCCUAAGUUUAUUGUAAAUGACCAGUAUGACGGAAGUCGCAUCUUCACCUGGUUGGCCGACAUGUGCGGACUGUCUGUUGAUUUGGUCAACUUUCUAAUCUGCCAGAUAUCAGCGCUCUUCCUGGCCUCGCUAUUUCGGUCGCUAUUGCAUCCUUCCAAAGUGUCUUCCAAAGUGCGACACAUAUUUGCGCUAUCUAUUGGCCUGACCUUUGGCUAUUUCUGUUUUGGACAACAGGCCAUACACAUUGCAGGAUUGCCGGCAAUAUGUUAUAUUGUUAUAAGGACUCAGGAUCCGCGCAUUGUGCAGAGAACCGUCCUGUUGGUGGCCAUGAGCUAUUUGCUGUGCGUUCACUUGAUGCGCCAAAUCUAUGACUAUGGCUCGUACGCUCUCGACAUUACAGGACCGUUAAUGAUCAUCACACAGAAGGUAACGAGUCUGGCGUUCAGCAUACAUGAUGGCUUUGUGCGUCAGGACGAGGAUUUGACAAGGGCACAGCAAUAUCAUGCCAUUAGAAAAAUGCCAUCUGCCCUGGAGUACUUCUCAUAUGUGUGGCAUUUUCAAGGCUUGAUGGCCGGUCCUCUUGUGUUUUACAAAGACUACAUCGAGUUUGUUGAGGGCUAUAAUCUCCUGAAGCGACCAUCAUCGAAUGGCAACUUGGACAAUGGGAAAUCGGAAUUGGUUCUCGAGCCGUCGCCUACAAAAACAGUGAUACGUAAGGUUAUCGGCAGUUGCGUGUGUGCGUUCAUAUUCAUGAAAUUUGUGAAAAUGUAUCCGGUGAAGAAUAUGAAAGAUGAUGACUUCUUAAACAAUACAAACAUUGGCUAUAAGUUCUGGUACGCCAUGUUGGCGACCUCGUGCAUUCGUUUUAAAUAUUAUCAUGCGUGGCUCCUCGCCGAUGCUAUAUGCAAUAAUUCAGGUUUAGGUUUCACCGGUUACGAUAAGGAUGGCAAUGCCAAAUGGGAUCUAAUAUCAAAUAUCAAUGUGCUGUCGUUUGAGUUCGCUUCAAACUUCCGAGAUGCCAUCAACAACUGGAAUUGUGGCACCAAUCGCUGGCUGCGUACACUUGUCUAUGAACGGGUGCCCAAGAAAUAUGGUACUCUAUUAACAUUUGCCUUGAGCGCGGUCUGGCAUGGUUUCUAUCCUGGUUACUAUUUAACCUUUGCCACAGGCGCUUUGGUGGUCACAGCAGCUCGUACGGCACGCCGCAUGUUCAGGCAUCGUUUCCAAAGUACACAGUUCACGCGCAUGUUCUACGACAUUCUUACCUGUUUAACCACACGUAUAGUGAUGGGUUACGCUACAUUCCCAUUUGUUCUGCUUGAAUUUAUGGGCAGCAUUCAAUUGUACCUGAGAUUUUAUUUGUGCCUUCACAUCAUUUCACUAGUGACCAUAUUUAUUCUACCUAUAUUUAUACGCGGUGAGAAACGCGUCAAGCCGUCCAGUAGCAGCACCAGUGUUGAAACAACCAAUCAGACCACGAGGACGAACAAGGACGCCAAAGUGGACAAAGGACCGACGGGAAAGCAGGCGACGGCUGCUAUUCCUGCAACAGAUGAUCUCAAUGAUGAGCACGAGGAAAGUGACGCAGAGAACAGAGUCACUAAACGUAAAGUACACAUUAGUGACAAUAUGCCACAGCAUCAAUUGCAAGAAAAACAGCAACAACACAACAAUAUAAUACUCCACAACACACAGCAGCAAGACCUACAGCAGCAGCAGCAGCAACAACAACAGCGAGUAGCGUGCGCUCGAGACGCGGUUAGCGUGCCGCAUGAUCAAUGCGAAAUGGAUCAGCUAUCCAGCAAGCUGAAGGAGAAGAUUGAAGCUGAAACCAAAAAUAUUGAGGAAUUUAUAGAUAAGACUGUAACCGAAACUGUUAGUGGCAUUGUUGAGUUGAAGAACGACUUAAUGCGCGAUAUCGAGUUCCCCAAACUAAAGCUAGGUAGCGUCACUAAUGCUAUUGGAGGUGGAGGAAGUUCUGGUGGCAAUCUGGACAAGGAUUCCUUAGUAGCUGCAUCAACGGCUCUGCGCAAGCGUAACAUAUCACAUGAGAAUGGCAUGGACGCUAAUUGUGUCAUCGAGGACAACAACAUGGAGGACAAUAGCGCUACCUUUCUAAAGAAGGAAAUCGAGGUUAUCAAUUCUGUGGUGCAGCAAGCCAACGUCUUGCCAGCAAUGCUCAGUAAUGGUCAUGCCAAAUAGUAGUUGGACAACAUAACCAGCUGCCGUAGGAGGAGGCAAAAACGAAUUUGGAUGAGGCAGCAUCAUCAACAGCAACAACAACAGCUGCAGCACCAACACCAAGACGAACAGCCAUGUCAUCAUAGCAUUGGUAGAAAUGGGUAGCAGAAAAAGUGAUGCAUGAUUAAUUCUUGAGAUUUAUGCGCACAGCAAGCAGACACACAGUAUAUAAUAUAUAUAUCACAUACAUAUAUACAACGCAUAGAAAAUUAACACACACACACACUCACCCUAUUAGAUACAAACAUACUCGUAUUUGCGUCUUGCUGACAUUUUUAAGUUUUUUGUUUCAUUUGGCAAAUAUUUCGGUUUACAAAAAUUAUGAUAUCACGAUAAUAUGAGGACAAAUUUAUAUACAUAAAUUCUAUAUACAUCUAGAUAAGGGAAUAUUUGUAACAUUGUCUAAAGAAUAAAUAGCCAAAUAUUAUGAUAAGCGAAUACCGAUUCAAGUGUUUUUGCUCAAUAUACAUACAAACAUAUAUCAAUUAAUGUUCAUUAGCCAUGGCUGUCAUUAUCGCACACUCGGAUAAAUCUGACAUGUUAUCAACAAAAAAAAAAAAAAAAACAAAACCGUAAAACAAAAAAUUUCAUUUACAUAUAAUUGUGUACGCUGUCUAAUUGUUGUUAAACGUAGUAAAUGUUUGUUAUGCGCGCGUAAUGUAAUAUGCUAUGAAUUCUUCCGGUAUGUACUUGUACUAUUAAAUGUUUACCAUAUAGUCUAUGAUAUGAGAAGUAACACAAACUUUAACAAACUUAUUUGAAAUAUAUGUUUUUAAUGACAAUUCAAAAUAUUCCCGCCUGCCUGCGUACACAAAUAAAAGCAACAACACUAUACAAAAAUAAAAAUACAAAUAUCAAAUAUGUAUACAUAUGUGCGUAUGUAUUUAGAAUCAACUAAAUUACAAGUUUAAAUACAAAAUCGAACUAAACCAAAACUUGAAAUUAGACUGAAGCUAAUGAAAACCAAUCCAUGUGAAGCAAAUUUCAAAGGGCGCAAAUAAAUCUACAUAGUUAGUUGAUAAGGAAAUUAAUUUGUUUUAAAACAUUUGCAUGCGUGUGUGUAUGUGUGUGCGUCUGCGCCUAAAACCCACUUCCACUGCUGAGCAGCGUUAUGGAAAGAAUCUACUUUCCUACUCUUCCUCAGAUAUUAAUCUAACUGUGCUUGCGUACGAGGAAUACAAUUUUCUUUCUUCCAAUAAUGUCACCUACGUAUAACUUACUCCUUAGCCUAAGCACAUUUUACGUUGUUUUAAAACUUUUUUGUUAAUUUUAAAAAAUAUAGUGAUUUCACACAGACACACAUAGAGAUAGAGAAUACCUAUGUUUUUAUAUUUAUUGUAAUAAAAGUGACACAACACGCAGAG